AUGACUUACCUGGGGCUUGUGGCAAAGUCCCGGGAUGAGAUGAAGGUGCUGCAGCAGAUCUCUGGAGGAGAAAAUGUAUGUGUCUUCAGAGGAUGUGCAAGCAUUCACAACAGAAAUGGGAAAAGGCUACAUCUGCACAAUGGAAUGCAAGAUAUGUUGCUGGUCUCUACUAUGGGAAAACCUGCCAAAGAAAGGGAAUCAUGUCCCUCUUCCCCUUUGUUUGUACCCAUUGGAAAGAGAACAGCAUCCAUGAGACCAAGCAGAAGAGACUGCAAAGAUGUGAACAGUAUGCUGAAUGGCAGUGGAGGUGAGAACAGUCUUGUAAAAGUAAACCGAGGGCGAGAGAGAAAGGAGACAAGGAAGCAACACUUUAACGGAGGAGCCAGAAAGAGGUCAGACAUGGAAGAAAACGUCAUGGGGGACCACAUCACAGCUGGAAAAAAGCAGGGUGUUCAUGUUGAAAACUCCAGGCAUGUGACAUCACACAAUUCAAAACACCAAACAAGUGUCACAGAAGAAAGGGAAUCAUGUCCCUCUUCCCCUUUGUUUGUACCCAUUGGAAAGAGAACAGCAUCCUUGAGACCAAGCAGAAGAGACUGCAAAGAUGUGAACAGUAUGCUGAAUAACUGUGAAGAUGAGAACAGUCUUGUAAAAGUAAACCGAGGGCGAGAGAGAAAGGAGACAAGGAAGCAACACUUUAACAGAGGAGCCACAAAGAGGUCAGGCAUGGAAGAAAACGUCAUGGGGGACCACAUCACAGCUGGAAAAAAGCAGGGCGUUCAUGUUCAAAACUCCAGGCGUGUGACAUCACAGCAGCGAACAAGUAUGACAGUGGAAGACAGGCAUGAACUCUGGGAGGAAAGAUCAGUAGAUUAUCUCUGUGGUGAUACCUCCAACUCAGAGUUAGAACUCAGCGAUGAGAGUGAAAGCCUUCUCUACUCAAAGAGCAGGUCUCUGCUUGGGGGUCUGAGAGGAGAGGAAGAGGGUGGCCAUAACCAUGUUGCUAAUGUUUCCACAUUUGGUUCAAGUAGACUGGGAUGUUCCAACAGUUUGGACCUGAACCAGCUCUACACAAGGGGCAAGGAUGUGACCAUGAGACCAAAGACCCAAGAGGCUUCAGAGAAAGACCACCAUCUAGAAACACAGGUGGAAGCCAUGAUAUCGAAGCUGGAAUCCUGUGACCUGGUGGAACAGCUGAUCUUGAGGAACACUGGGCUUACUGAUGAGCUUUUGAACUGUCUUGUCACUGCACUCAAGAAUAGCCCUUCUGAGGUGGUGCUGGUCAACCUGAAUCUGAACAACAUUGGACCUCCCGGAGUGCAGAUUCUACUUAACCUGAUUAGGCUCAAACCACAAGUCAAGGGUCUACUGUUGUUUGGCAAUCACCUAGGAGACAAAGGAGUUUGUACAUUGCUAAAUGGUUUGGCUGAUCUGCAAGGUCAAACAGUGGGACAGAGAACAUUGGAAUUGUGGUCUGGAGACGCACAAGGAAUGGAUGCACCAUUACUCCCAAGAGAAACAUCCAGGGACUCCACAGCACUGCAUACCCAUAUCACACAGGCAUUUGUCCUCUUGGAGUUGGACCUUGGGGGGAAUGGAGUCAGUAGUGAAGGGCUAAGGGUGCUGUCAUCCUACCUGAGGUGUCAUUCCCAGCUGAAAUAUCUGGGGCUGGCCAAAACAAAUGUUGCUGAUAUUUCAGCAUGGGAAAAUCUGUUUGACAGCUUGACGACCAACGUUUUGCUUACCCACAUCAUUCUGGAUGAAUGCCACUUGGGUGACCAAGGAGUGGAGUUGUUUGCGAACAUGCUGAGAUAUAACCAGAGUCUGACAAAGAUUGACCUGGACUAUAACAGUGUUGGGGACCGUGGAGGAAAUGCAAUCAUAGAGGCUUUGUUUGGCAGAAGAUGUCGCCUCCUGAGUCAUUUAAGUCUAGAGGGCAACAACAUAAGCGUUGCUCUGAUUAACAAAAUACAGCAGGAGAUCCAACUCAAUUUACCGAACAAUUACUAA